AUGGGAGUACCGAGUAUUGCAGAAGUGGAAUCGAGCGGGAGCAAUACUUCGUCGGUAACAUCUGAGCGAGACCACCUUACACGGCAUGCGGACGAGGUGCGGGAGGAGAAACCGAAGAAGUGGACGCACUAUGUGUGGGACACUCUUGAUAAGCCGAAAGAGGAAAGAUGGUUUAUGUUUAAGCUUGAUGCGGCGAUUUUGACGUUUGCUAGUCUUGGAUAUUUCAUCAAAUACCUGGAUCAGAUCAAUAUCAACAGUGCUUUCGUUUCGGGCAUGAAAGAAGACCUCGGUCUAUAUGGAAACCAACUGAAUUAUAUGCAAACGUGUUGGACUGUCGGCUACGUCAUCGGAGAGAUUCCAAGCAACAUCAUCCUCACCAAGUUCCGUCCUUCGUUAUGGAUCCCGACCAUGGAGGUAAUCUGGGCCGUGCUCACUUUCUCUUUGUCUCGCGCAGAAUCAGCAAGGACUAUUUACAUUCUCCGCUUUUUCGUUGGCUUGGCUGAGAGUACGUUUUAUCCUGGAAUGCAGUAUAUAAUCGGCUCGUGGUAUCGUAAAGACGAACUGGCGAAGCGCUCCUGUAUCUUCCAUACGAGUUCUGCGAUUGGAAGCAUGUUUUCGGGGUAUUUGAUGGCCGCGGUGUACAAUCUUGACGGGAGGGGUGGGUUUAAGGGGUGGCAAUGGCUCUUCAUUGUCGAUGGAAUCAUCUCUCUGCCCGUCGCGAUCGCAGGAUACUUUGUUCUACCGGAUGUGCCAGAGAUAUCAAGACCGUGGUAUUUGACCAAGCAGGAAGUCGCACUCGCAGUAAAACGAAUGGACCUCGAAGGACGCGCAAAGCGCCAACCAUAUACGAAAGCUAAGCUUCGGAAAAUAUUCACUUUGUGGCAUAUCUACGCCCUCGUGCUGCUCUACAUCUUCUUCAACAACGGCGGCGCCGGCGCAGCCCCCGUCUUCGCCCAAUUUCUAAAAGCAUCCAAGCACCCAAAGUACACUGUCGCCCAGAUCAACGUCUAUCCCACUACUACAAACGCGGUGCAAAUUGUUUCGACAUUGAUAUAUGCCUGGAGCUCUGACUCGUUCCUCAAAGGCGCUCGCUGGCCUCCGAUCGUUUUCGGUGGUUGUGUGAAUAUCAUGUGCUACGUGUCUCUCGCCAUCUGGGACAUCCCGCUGAACUGGAAGUGGGCCUGCUUCAUCCUCUUUGGCUGCGGCGGCGGGCUUUCAGGACUAUGCAUGUCCUGGGCGCACGAGAUCUGCGCCGACGACAACGAAGAGCGCGCCAUCGUUGUGGGCUCCAUGAAUGAGUUCGCGUACGUGUUGCAGGCUUGGCUGCCCUUGAUCGUGUGGCAGCAGGUCGAUGCGCCGGAGUAUCGGAAGGGGUAUAUCACGAUUACGUGUCUCAGUGUCUCGUUGAUUAUAACGACGUUUGUGAUUAAGUUUCUGUGGAAGAGGGAGCAGCAUCAGAAGCAGUUGGCGGCAAGGAGAUCUUAUGAGAGUGAAAGUGGGGAUGAGGCUGGAGGUGGUGUUAUUGGGGCUACGGGCUUCGAUGGGAAGGGGGUGGUUGCGUGA